AUGGGGUGGGUUUACAAUGCCUCGCCUGCCGUGGAUGCGGCAUCGCAAUAUCCCGUCAUCCUGGCCGUGUGCUUGAGUCUGACGGUGGUGAUGGUUACCACCGUCCUCUUGCGGCUGGGGAUCCGCGCUCGCUCGAGUCGACUGGGCGCAGCAGACUAUGUGAUGAUUGUAGGAAUGAUCUUUAGUGUGAUCUAUAGUGCGCUGUGCAUCGCACAAAGCCGAUAUGGGCUUGGACUGCCACUCAAGCUACGCCCCCACGAAGAUCUGGCAACGUAUACAAAGUUGAACUACGCAGGCCGUCCCUUCUAUCAGAUUGGCAUUGCCGGUUUCAAGGCGUCGCUCUGCCUCAGCUACCUCCGUCUCCUCUCGGGCACAUCCAAACGGUUCUAUCGAUAUCUGAUCUGGGUGGUGAUCAUGAUCUCAACGCUUGGGCAUAUUGCAGGGACUGCAGUGCUGCUUUUUAAUUGUACCCCGGUGGCACGAUCCUGGAAUAUGAAGAUCCCCGGAAAAUGCCUGCCGGUAGGAGCUACGUUUUAUGGGCUCGCGAUAUUCACGAUCAUCUGCGAUGUGAUGAUCAUCUUUCUGCCGAUCCCCCUCCUACUCAAGCUGAAAAUCAAGCCUGCCCAGAAGGCCGGAGUGGUUUGCCUGUUUCUCUUGGGUCUGUUCACGACGAUUUGCUCAAUUCUACGCCUGACGCAGAUCCACCGAGUGGCAUUUGGUGACGGGGACUCGACGAUGCUGGUGUUAUGGGGCACCAUUGAAUUUAAUGUCGGAAACAUCGUGACUUGUGUUCCCUACCUCGCACCGCUGCUGAAAGGUGUUGUGCGCGACUUCCGGUCCACCACCGGCCGCAAGUACUACGACAGUCGGAAGGAAAACUACAACAUGGAUGCUUGGUCCAACGAGCAAAGAUCCCAGCUUCAGUCCAAUGUGUCCGGCCCAUCUUAUUCAUAUAUGAAGCGGACUGCAAGCGAGGAGUUGAUUCUUGCCAAUCCAGAACCGGCCCAUGGGGGAAUCGAGAUGACGGUCGAAUAUCAGGUAUCGCUUGAAAGGCGACCCGCGUCUGGCAUUGGGAGGUGA